AGGAGACGAGCAAGACAGAGAGAAAGGGAAACAGAGGAACAAGAAAGAAGAUGGCGUCGCCGUCGAGAGGAAACGCCCCCGAAGAAGCCGAACAGAAAGUGGACCUUGUGAAGCAGAUAAGAGCCCACGAAGUUGCUUUAGCAGAGCUCCACGCUCUUUCUUCCUCUCGGGCUGUGUACCAGAAAAAUGGCAACGUAUAUUUCCGCACAACCACCCAGAAAGCAACGGCAUCUGAACAAAAACUACUUGAUCAAGCCAAAUCUCGACUACAGAGUCUGAAUUUUCCUUGAUGGCUACGUGACUAUUGAUCUCUACAGCCUACAACACUUAACAAGCCAAUAUCCACUGCGAUGUGUUUAUAUGUGAUGUUUUUUGAGUUGGUGACUUCUUCCAUUUGUAGUUCUGUUUGCAAGGGUAUUUACAUAAACGGUUCAACUAAUUAUAUGUC